GAAGGAAGAAGACGAAGAAUUACAAUGUAAACAAGUCGCUAACAUUAACUCGCAUAGGCAUUGUAAAUGUAACAGGCAUAUAUAUAUAUAUAUAUAUAUAUAUAUGCCUGUUUCAGUAGCCAUCAUAUUGCAUAUCGUUUUUUAGUUAAACGCAAACCUGAUCGUAUGGCUCAUUCAUCUGACUGGUUUCAGGAUUUGUUGGUUUCAAUCGUUAUUUACCAGACUAGGUACACGUAAAACAGGACGUUUUAAAUCAUUUAGAUAUACUAACUGUUCGGUAACAAGUCGAGAUGGACUACCUGCUACAGGUGAAGAUAGGUGCGCUCCUAGGUUUGUUGCUCCUAACCCUUUUUUUUGGAUUUAUUCCUGCUCGCAUGAGGUGGUUCAGAGAAACUAGUGGAACAGAGGCCCAUCAGAUGGUACUCAGUUUCAUCAGCUGUUUUGCUGGAGGCGUCUUCCUAGCUGCCUGUCUGCUGGAUAUCAUCCCAGACUACCUGACAGACAUAAAUGCUGAGCUGGCUGCACGGAGGGUGGAUACCAGCUUUCCCCUUCCAGAGUUCAUCAUGGCGGCAGGCUUCUUUACUGUGCUUAUUGUGGAGAGGAUAGUUUUGAACUGCAAACACGAUGCCCAGCAAGGGUCAGACCAGGAGAGAUCACCGCUGAUGCAGGGGAAUGGGCAUGGGCACGGGCAUGGGAGGUCUGCCGACCUAGAGGGCAGUGCCCACCAUGUUCAUGUGGACCUUCAGGCCCACUCCUCUUUUCGGUCUUUCAUGCUCUUCCUUUCGCUUUCCCUCCAUUCUGUAUUUGAGGGUCUGGCGAUUGGGCUUCAGACCACAGACUCAAAGGUAAUGGAGAUCUGCAUCGCCAUUGUGGUCCACAAGAGCAUCAUCGUGUUUAGCCUCUCUGUAAAGCUGGUGCAGAGUACCGUCCCACCUAUAUGGGUGGCGGCCUAUGUGGGUGUCUUUGCCAUGAUGUCGCCAAUGGGCAUUGCAUUGGGCAUUGGGGUUACCGAGGCCCAGCUGACAUCAGGCAUUCUUAUCCAGGCCAUCUUGGAGGGGCUGGCAGCCGGAACAUUUGUUUACAUUACCUUCAUGGAGAUCCUGCCUCAUGAGCUAAACUCCCCAGAGAACCAGCUGCUCAAAGUGUUCUUUAUCCUUCUGGGUUUUAGUGUCAUGGCAGGCCUUACCUUCCUGGGCUGAGAGGACACCAACAACUGCAGCAACUAGCAGGAAUAUGGGUGUGGCUCAUAUGAAUCAUGGGACAUUUAGGCUUGAUAUUGUGAACUGGUGGAGCUGACUCAGGGAGGCUGCCAAAAUAAAACAUUUCACAUUCUGUCAGGGUUAAUGCAGGUGAGACCAGUGCCCGAGGAAUAAUGUUUUAUUUCAGGGUGACUGACUGCUGUUUUUAUUCUGUUUUUAUGAAUGUUUAUUUUGACACAUACAAUGUUAGUAUGAGGUUAGUUUCAUUUUACAAAGUUUCAUUAUUGUAGUAAAAUUGUUUCUACACAUUUGCAUGUUUUCAGUGGUGUUUAUAUUGAGGCAAACCAAUGUCUUUUAAACAUCUUUUCUUUUUUAUCAGUUACUGUUUGUAACUAUUCAGUAAUUAACGAAGAUCACUUGAAAAUAGGUGCUGUUUUCCAAUAUCUGUUCAUUGUCAAAUUAAUCCAAUGCAUCAGUGCCUCAUAUUAUUAAACAGGUCAAGAUUU